AAAACAGAGUAGUAAGAGAAGAAUAAAAAUUUUAGGGAAUACAACUAUUUGUAACGAGAGAAGAUAUCAGGUGGGGAAUUAGCACUGGAAGCUUUGAAAGCUAACCCAGAGGUGCUUUUUCCAAAAAACAAUUGGACUUUCUAGAACUGAGAAGCUUCUUGGAUGAGAACCAAAAAAUUUUCAUGGAGCCCAAGAAAGUCCAGUUGCCUUUUGGAGAAAGCACAGGUGACAACCCAGAUGACUUGAGAAUCUCCCCAGACAUCUGAAGGCAUUUAUGCCAAAGGUUUUUGGGUCCAGUGCUCUUCAUCCGAUCCAUCAAUCAUCCUCAACUCACUCUCUCGCUUGCUCUACGGCAUGAUCUGCUUUCCGUGGCUUAUGGACUCGGCCACUCUGCAGUCUGAGCCGACAACUCCCAAACUGUAUCCGAGGCUGCAAACACCAGCCCUUCUGCCAGGUCCAGCCGGACAGGAGCUCAAGGGGAGUGGACAGCAAGGAAAUGGCGGCCUGACACCUGCCUUUGGCACAGGGAAGGAGGAAACGGCACAGGAUGAGGUGUUCUUGGCAGAAGGGCAGAAAGCCACGGUCUCAAGCCGGGUCUAAACGGGGGUGCCAAGAUGAAGACAGGAAGGAGGCCACGUGCUGGGCUAGACCCCCAGGUCGUCCGAGAGACCACGGCAGCAUCUGAGGGCUCUCAGCUCUGGGGAGGACGCCAAAAACAUCUUCACGCCACCAGCCAGAAUAAAUAUAGCAGCAGCUCAUGAGCCUUCAGGAGGUGACACGUCUGCUCACGGCCAGCUGUCCUUUUUCGGGGUGGAAGAAUCCCGCCUCUUUUCUCUAGUGUAUCAACUCGGGUUUCAUUCUUUUAAAAGAGAGAAAGAGGCUAUCGCCUAGAUUUUUAAAAAAGCAGCCCCAUAUUUCAAAGGUCUAAUAGGAGGCUAGUCUUGCAGUCCCAGCUGGCAGUGCUUGUAGGUCCCCUGGAGAUUAGCUGAUCUUUUUUUUCCCCAAAGCUGCUUUCUGAAAUAAAAGGACAGGAUUCCAGCACAGGGGAGAAUGCAGAUCAGAAUAUUGCGCCGGGAACGGCUGGAGACGGUGCCCAUUUUCCCUUUAAGAGCGGGGCUCCCGUGCCACCUCCCGUCAAGCUAGAAGGGAGCAACUGCUCUCAUGUCCCUGAAGUGGCCCCACGUCUGGAGCUGCCAGCCAAGAGCCCCAUCCUCUGCCCUUCCUUCUCCUGCAGGUUCCCACUGGACAUACGAAGGCUCCGACGGGCAGACGCACUGGCCAGAGAGAUACCCAGACUGCGGUUGGCAGGCUCAAUCGCCCCUCGAUAUCCAGACAGAUUUGGUCCAAUAUGACCCCUCUCUGCCCCCCAUUGAGCCAGAGGGAUACCGCAACCCUGGGAGCGGCUCCUUGACCCUGACCAAUAACGGGCACACAGUGCAGCUCUCCCUCCCCAAGAGCCUGCGCCUGCAUGGCCUGCCCAGCCUCUACUCAGCAGUGCAGCUACACUUCCACUGGGGCAGCAGCAACAGCCAGGCUGGGGGCUCCGAGCACCGCGUGGAUGGCCAGGCCUUCCCAGCAGAGCUUCACGUGGUCCACUUCAACUCAGAGAAGUAUGCCAACCUGAGCGUGGCCAAACACCAACCGGAUGGGCUGGCGGUGCUGGGCAUUUUCCUGGAGGUUGACAGUGUGGAGAAUCCUGCCUACAAUCACAUCUUGGACCGUCUGGACAGCAUCCUUUAUGCAGAGCAAGAGGUCACCAUUGCUCCCUUCAGUUUGCGAGAGCUGCUCCCAGCGCAUCUGGGCCACUACUACCGCUAUAGUGGUUCACUGACAACCCCGCCUUGCUAUCAGACCGUGCUGUGGACGGUUUUCCGCCAGCCAGCUCGUAUCUCUGCCGCUCAGCUGGAGAAGCUGCAGAAAUCUCUUUAUUCUACAAAAGAUGGGAAGACCCCCUCCAAAUUGCUAGUCAGCAACUUCCGGGUGCCCCAGUCUUUGAACCAACGCCUGGUCUUCUCCUCCUUCCCUGUCGGACCAUCUCAGUACUCUGCAGGCGAGGUCAUUGCCAUAAUCGUUGCAGUGCUCUUGGGCUGCCUGGGUGUCUUCCUGGCUGGCUGGAUUUUGGCAAAGAGAACCCGGUGAGCAGGAGGUGAAUGUGGGACGCCAGCCCGUUUCCUGCCUAGCUGCAUUGCAGUGCCAGAAUAAGGGAGGUUCCCAUGUGUUUUAUUCUGGAGGGGCAAGUGAUUGAAGUGAUUCUUUCCCCCCACCCCACUCCUUGCCAAGUGGAGUACCGUGAAUGUGAAAAACCUCAAGAGAAUUUCACUGGAAAGAGAAACCAUAGAUAUUUAUUAAACUUCCUCCUGCCCCCAUCGUGAGCUUCAUGUUUUUCUACUCUAGUGAACAAGAGUGGCAGGAGCAAAGGGCCACUGCAGAAGCCUCCCCUCCAGGACAAGACUUUCUCCCGCAGCCCUGCCAACUUUUCUGUUCUUUGUGGAAGCCAGGAGUAUUUAGGCCGGGGGGGGAGGGGAAACCAGCAAGAUUGUCUGGAGAAGGAACUAGCCCAACCAACACCAGCCUCCCUCUUCUGCCAUGCUGCCCAGCUGAUUUCCCUCUCCAGCAAGAUCAGGAAGAGGCAGUUGGCACCUGGGGAAGGGUUUCUCCUCCAUAAUGCUGUGACUCCUAAGAGAAUCUGCAGCCCCACCAAGACUCCCUUUAUCGGUUUAAACACAAAGCUGCUAUUGUGUCUCCUGCCAACUUCAAUGGUUGCCAAAGGAGAGGAAGCCAUGGGAAUCCCAAGGCCCAGGUUGACUAUCUGGACUGGUCUUGCCCAGCAUUCAGAAUCCCACUCAACAAAACACAACUGCCACAUUCAAAAAAACCAGCCGUGCUGGGGCAAGGGCUGGCUUCUCGGGGUGCUUGGGUAACAAACCACUCGUCCUAUUUGAGUCAAGACAAACGCGCUGUGCAAA